GCUUGGAACAGGAACGUGGUGGAGCGUACGUAAUACUCAGACCGGACGGAAAAGUGACAUUUGCCUCAAAGUUUCUUUUAUCGAUAUCCUGGUUUCUCAACCUGAGACGAAAGUCAAUUUCGAUCAAAGGUUCGAUCCCUUCCGGAAUUCAUUAGAGAGUUCGGCUCAUUUCCUCUGAAGACUUCAGACAUAAAUUUUGUUCCUUGAUCAGCUGAUUCGCGUGCAGGAAGUGCUCUUAACAUGAUGGGGGAUUGGAAUUAAGAGUUUCGGAACGCCAGUGCCGGCAACCAAAAGAAAAGGUGCAACACCCAUCAUGGCGGAGAGACCACCCCAUCCGAGUGUGAAUAGUCCGUACGGAUUCGUUCCAUUUGGCGGACAGAACGUCUCGCCUUAUGGACCCAUGUUCUUCGCUGCUGCUCCUUCACAGAGCAUGCCCAACAUUCCUGGAAUGAUGAUGAUGCCACGUUUUCCAAAUCCAGGGCCAGACUGUGGAAUACUCAGUCCUCAGCCUGGUCCUCACCCUGGUCCUCAACCAGGGAAUCGACCAAUGUUUAUGAGCUUCUAUCCUGCUCACCCGUUCAUGGGUCCAUCAGCAAAUCCUCAAGCCAAUCCUCAAGCCAAUGCUAAUGCUCAAUUGCCUCAUCAAGCUUUCAAUCCCAUGUAUCCACCCAUGUUUUUUGGAUAUCCUUCGCCGUAUGGAGCAAAUGCAAUGGAUAUGAACCACUAUCCAAUGAUGUCCAUGGGUCCUCCCGAUGUGAUUGUGUCAGAAGAUAUGCAAGCCAAUACUCACAUGCUACCCAUGGACCAAAGUCAAAAUCAGGUCCAACAACCGGAUGUUGUUCAAGCCUCUCAAGAUCCAACUUACAUGAACGAUUCUGACGUCCACCACAGUAUCGCAUCCACUUACGAAAACAACCAGCCUACCUAUGCCAAUGAAUUGGUUCCCGAGGCGUCUACAAAGGAAGCACCCUCGUAUAUGAACAACGUCCUCCCUAGAGGCGUGUCCGUUCCUCCAGUCUUCAACGACGAGUCUUCAUCGAGUCCCAUCCCACCGCCAAGAAGUCGGAGAGGGAGCCAACUGUCUUUGAAUAAAUCCACUCAUUCAUUGAAUAUGAUGGGCCUUGAAGAGAGCGUAAGAAAUCUUAAGGAGACCAUGCAGCUGCUUAAAGAUCGACAUCCUGUUCAUCGAUCCAAAGAACCACCUAAACGCCCGCCAAGGCGAAAGGAUAGGCUGAAAAGAGCAGCCACAUUCGCCACCCUGCCCAGAAACUUUAAAGCCCACGAGUUGGACGACAUCACCGAAGACUUUCAACCGAUCGAAAAUGACGAUAAAGGCUGCAGUCCAAAAGUGCCAAUGCCUGGGACAACGAUACCCCAGCUAACACAACCACGCAAAGCUUCCCCAGUCCUUGUUGAGAGACCAAUAGUAUCUCAACCAGGCUCUCCCGAGGGUCUUGGCAUUUCCGCACCCACAUUGCCAUGUGUUCCAAUGCCUGGAUCAAGCCCUGACGAAGGGCGGACUCCACCUUUGCCAAUCUUGGGGCCAAUAGUAGAGCCUCAAGCACCAAGUUUUGGUCGACCACCUCCGACCAUAAACUUACCACCUCCGCCAAGUAUUCCAAUACCGGAGCCACCUGAAGGUCACAAUCCUACAAUUCCUAUGCCAGGGUCGUCCCGAUCCUCUAGCCGAUUAUCCCCUUUUAGCCAACAAGUGGCAGCUAUAACCUCGUAUACCGAUGAGAUAGACAUUGUUCGACCGCCGAUCCCAAUCAUUUUGACCAGCACUCUGACAAUCGAGCGCGACACAGGUGAAACCAGAAUAUCAGAAGUAGCUUCACCGGCUCCAGCACAUCAAGUUGAAAUCUUCUUGGCUCCUGAAGUGGACCAUGAUUACGAAGAUCUCGAGCUUGAUUUUGAAGUGGCGAACAAGAACAGAGCCAGCAACGCAGGAAGUGGAAGUGAGACAGAGUAUGAAGAUAUUGACAAUCACGAUGACGAUGACGAUCCUCAACCUAUGAAUGGGCCACGAGAAGUGGAGGUUGGGAAAUUGACCCCAGACGAACAAGAUCGAGCCAGCUCAAAUAACUCCAAUUUGAACCCCGAUUACAUGGGAGGGGAGAGGGAAGGCUCGGUUCGAUCUGGAACGUCCAGCAAUUCAAUAACAAAGACCAGGAAAGAGCUUUUGGCGGGAAUUAGAGAAAUGGAUCAGACCAUACAAAACCUCAAGAUUGGGAUCGUCAAAAUCUAUGAAGACGUCUUUCCUAAGGCUGUGUAUGCAAUUCCGGCGAAGAAGGCUCUCUUCUCACGAGCCAAGUCCGAGGGACCAUUAAUUGCCGAUAAUCCAGAUUACGAAUCGGUGGACUUUAAUCCUGAUUUACAAGAGGUCAAGGUCUUGCAAAUUGGGCGAUCUUGUCAUGAAUUGACGAAUCUUGACUUAACUAGUGAGCCAAGACGGGUCUGUCCUGAGAUCGAGCAAGUUGAAGACCAAAGUGAGCAGAGCGAAGAAAAAUUAAACUUAAGCAGCGAAGAGGACGACAAAGAAGAUGAAAAUUCGCCCCCACUUAACAAUCCUGAUCCCAGCAAAUCGUUUAGACAAGCCUUUUAUGGUAUCAAAUCAGACACUGAUGACGACGAAGCAAUACUUUCGGAUCUACCCACACUUGAGGAGGUGACCGACGAGGAAAAUACUCUUCUUGUUCCCGGAACCCAAGACAUCGACGCCAAGCAUGAUAACGACAUUCCAGACAACGUUAGUGAUACUGGAACUGAGACCCUGGAUGUGACUCUUGAGAUCCUUGGUGACAAUGAAGCCAACGAGAUAGAUGACCACAUAUAUGACGACGAAAAUGAUGACGAGACCAUAGCAGAAUUCCUUGAUCCCCCAAAUGAAGCACUUAGUCCGCAAAUUGAGGACAGAGCCUAUAAUUGGGAAGAGAUCCUUGACAAUGUUUCGGGCCAAACCAAGCCUCUCAUGCUUCAAGAGCGACUCAAGUCGCUUAAGCUGGACUUGUUGUCCAGUAUCUUUCAAAGCUUGUAUCCAACUGAAACUGAUUGCUACCUUGUCAAUCGGUUUAUAUCGUGUCCAACUACCUUAGAGGAUAAGUACUCGAUGAUGAGGUUGGGCGAUAUUCUCCGAAAGAACAAGAAAAUGGGCGUUGAGCUCGAGACCUUAGCAGAAGCCAUGGGUCAACUUGCUCGUAUAGGUCAGGAGCUCAUGCGCCCAGAGGAGGAACGUGAUCCAGCAUGGCGGUCCAUCCCCGUGGCCAAGGAGAUUACAAUUACCAAGGGUAUUGCUCAACGAGCUCCUUGGGAGAAAAUUCAGGGAGGAACAGAAAUAUUGGAAUCAUUGGGAUACACCGAAUACACAGGAUUUGCACUCCAGUAUCCACGAGCUGUCGUACCAGAGUACUUUGCUGAUCAUAUUGGCAAUCUGACCGUGGAACUUGUCCUAGCCGUGGUGGAAAUAUCAACAUUGAUUGUCCACACACCUCCAACGAUGGAUUCCCUUUUGGUUUUGCAAGAGAGCGAACCUUUUCCUGGAAAUGAUCCCGAAGCCUACUAUCCAGAAGUACCCAUGAUGAAGGUUGAUGUUAAUCAAGCCCCUCCUGACCUUGUUCUUGAAAACGCCAUCGAUGCCACUGAUCCUCUUUCUAACUUGAAGAUAGGCGAGGUCCAACAACCCGGAAUACCCUCUCGAAAUGGGGAUCAGGGCCCGGAAUCUGAUUAUGAGGAGAUUGGCCCCUUGGCCGGGACCAAAUCAGGAUUUGGUCCCGGGGCCAACGUUUGUGAUCUCUGUGGAACGGCUGAGGCCAUGGUUCGCUGUCAGCCCUGUUCCAAUCAAACCUUCUGUUUGGCAUGUGACGACAUGUACCAUAGACAUCCCAAACGGAGCACGCACGCCAGGAAGACUUUGACCGCUGAACAAUCGAUUAGGCCUCCGCUGCCCCCCAAAGGCGAGGUCCCAGGACCCAUUGCACCCCCUCGACGAACCUCGAAAAAAAGUUCCACCCCAGAGUCCAUUCGCAAUGUUCCAGCAAGUUCCCAUCGUCCCGUCGCCCCAACAGUCAAUCCCAUGGCCACUUUGCCUCGGAAGAACUCCGCCCCAAUGAUGGGCAGACCACUACCAGCACCACCCACCCAUGAGACCACGGUCCCGCCCCCAUUCAAUCGCAGUCAGAGCCUACAACAGCCACCAGUCGUCCCUUCGCCCAAUGGGUCCGUCGCCAAUUCAGGCAUCAUGAUGAGACAAUUAAGUGGAAACUCGCAACAAUUCAAUCCCAACGGAGGCCUUCAAAUACAACCUCAACAACAGCUCUUACAGCAACAUCAACAGCCACAAGCGCAACAGGCAUACAAUUCCAUGGGUCAACAGGUUAUUUAUCCACCGUCACAAGCUCUGCCGCAACCUAUUCCAACAAAUUACAAUGGAGAGAGGAAUGUCGAUUGGAACAAUCAUCAACCCUACCACGAAGACUUCCAAUUUCCACCGCGACAACAACCUGUUCCUGUUCAUCCGCCACCGCAGCAACAGAGGUUUUCCAGAUUGAACAAGAGCUCGUCUAUGCACGAUAUUGCUCAUGAGUUGGCAGGCAAUCAUGAUUUUGAACAGGGACCUCAAGGUUACUACCCUAACGAACCCAUUUCAUGGGAGGAUCAGCAUUGGAAUACUACUCAGUCAGUGGCCCAAGCUCCACCGGCUCCAUUGGCCCAUCGGUCAAAUUUUCGCCGGAGCACAAGCUCCAAGAGCCUUCAUCAAGACUUCUUCAACGCUAAUCCGAUGUGGUCUGCUGCACCUCCAGGGGCCCAGUUUCAUCCCAUGAUGGGUGGCAUCCCUCCCUGGGGUGUCAUGAACCACCCGAACAUGUCAGCUCUGAACAGAAGCAUGCAUGACUUACAUUUAAAUGGUCAACCUGGAUUCCCGCCCCAUUUUCAAGGCGCCUCUCCUAACAGCCAAAGACCAAAAAAGGGGGGAAGGGCCAGAAACGGAAAAAUGGGACGGAACCAAGGGUCCAGAUCCCAGUCCAGAAACGCCUCCCGAAGCUCACGCCGUGGGAGAAGAGGAGGAGGGACCUCAGGGACCUCUGAAGAUUCUGAAUCAGAUGAUGAAGACUUUUUCACAGGGGAGUCCGAUGCCGAUUUUGUGUCGUUGUCUUCUGGGAGCAAUCCUAGAAGGGCUCCGCGUAAGUCUUGGACUUGCGAGCAUUGCACUUACGUGAACAACCCAGGCGUUUCUAUUUGUGUCGUUUGUUGUCGGACCUCCACCUAUUCAAGGGGUCCAGAGGAACAAUCAGCAGAAGCCUACCAUCAAAUGAUCCCUGAACCUGGACAAGUGAGGCCAGAGAGGUAUCCAUCUUCAGAAGAGGAGGAGGAGGAUAGCGAAGAAUUCGAAAGAAGACGUUUGGCUAAAUCAAAAGCUAAAAGUCACCAUCGGAAGAGAGGAAGCGAGAAGGGCAAAGCCGCCAAAAGCCCUCGACCACGGACGCCAGAGGAUCAAAGUGAUUUGGAACAAGAUGUUUUGGAUACGUACUAUGCUGUGAGGAUGGGAAAUCCGGAUAGUGGACGAAUGGAGCAUGAAGACAAGCUUGGGGCUCUUUUCCAAGGGUCUAGGGCUCAAUCUGAGCUUCCAGGGGGGGUGUUUGAUUCUUCGAGUGAAACUGGAAGCUCUGUUAACAAUAUGAAGGCCUCUCCUAAUUUCUCGGCCAUUCCUGCCAAAGGAAUCUUGAAGAAAUGCAACUCAAAUCCCCAACUCACGAAAUUGGAACAAAUGGAAGGUUUCGGCGGGCUGGACCGCGGAAUGUCUGACAUGGGAGGCACCAGAGCUCGUGGUCCCCAGGGUAGUCAUCGGCACAAACGUCAAACAUUACCGUCACAAGUGGUGGAUAUUAAUAAAUAUCUCAAAAGCCAGGGCCAACCACGACAAGAACAUCAUUCAAGACAUCCAGACGAUAUUUGGCAAGACGAGAAGGACGUUUGGCUGAAGAAACGUGACGACAAUUGGUCAACAACGGGACGAGAAACAGUGUCUCCAACAAAAUCCCUCACAACUUUAGGCACAGAAAAUGAUUACAUGUCCGAUGUUCAGUCCACUUACACAGAUGGAACCUCAACUUUCCGAUCCCGUUCCGGUCAAUCAGUCGGUAAUGUGGAUCCAUAUCAACCAAACCAAAGACAAAUUCAACGGAGAACGUCAGAAACUGGGAAACGAAAUUUCCGAUCCAAGAGGUUUUCCAAAAAUUUGGAACCCAUAGUUGGGAGACGAAGUCAGUCUCGCUCUCGGGGCGAAAAUGGCCACGAUCAACCGGGGAAUGAAUGGAUCAGAGAGCGGAGUGCCAGUAUGGGCAGAAUACCAAUGAAUUCAGAAUCAAGCACGAGCGAAGACGCAGUGCCUCGGGUGAAAGGGACCCCCCAACCUUUGAUUCAUUCACAAGGACCCGGAAAGAAAGGAGUACCAGGUCCAGGAGGAAUUGGGAGCUAUCUCUCCCGGCAAGAAUUUGGCAGUACCGAGGAGGGCCAAGCUCAAGGCGACAGUGGUUAUGUUAGCCAUGGAAGUGGUACUGGAGGGUACCCGAAACAACAACUACCAGCCCAGGCUCCGAUUGAGUCGUUCACCAUGUCAGUGGAUCGUGGGUUUUUGGGCAGAAAUCCAGCCGGAGACAAAGACGCUCAUCAAUAUCGGAGCAUGGACGAUAUCUCAACCGUGACCUCCCAAAAGAGCACAGGCAUGGAGCUGGUCCGACUGUUGAGGGAAGCCGAAAAGGCCGGUUUCAAACCCGAGGAUCUUCAGUGCGCCGUGAACCAUUGCAGUGAUUUGGAUCCUGUGCUUUGGCUCAAGGAGAAUUGGUCCAAUAUGAUCGAUACAGUAGUGACUCUUGCUACCAACGCCGGUCAUGAGCAACCUGAGAAUCGCGUUGGCACCUUAUCUGUUCCAGAGGCCAGGGAUGCUCUUCGAAAGCACAAGGGGAACGUCUGGGCUGCUGUAGCGGAAUGCGUCGAGGAUCGUCAACGAAAAUAUGACGCCCUAUGUAGCAAAGGCAACUUUGAGAAGGAGGAUAUCCUAAACGCUCUCACCGCUCACAAUGGGGACUUUGAAGACUCGUGCCAAGAGCUAAACAAACUCCAACUCCGACCAUUUCUCAUGCGAAUCUGGGGUCAGCCUGAGCCAGCUGAAGUAACCAGUGGAGCUGUACCUUCCGGUCAGGCUCAUGGAGCCAAUACGUUGACUCAUUUGACUGAUGGUAGAACCGGAACAGUCCCUUACACACCGGGCUCAAUUUUGAAGAACGUCAAUGUUCCUGAAACCGAAAAUGAGGCAGCAAAGGAAGAAGAGGAAACUGUCGAGGAUGUAGUAGUUGAAGAAGCAAAUCCUGAAGAAUAUGCCAAAGGGCGACAAGCUCGAAGGCUCCUGGCAGAGGGUAAAGUUUCAACCUAUGAGAAAGGGGAGCUUGUCGUGGCCUUGAUCACCAUGUACUACGAAAUAGAGGAGGCGAUCCUCGCUGCCGAGGUCACCGACACAGUGGAGGCUGCCGAGAGAUUUCUGCAGCAGGAAUGUGAACUCUGUACCAAUGUGAUGAAAGUUAGAGAAAUUUGCAAAAUGCUUGCCUGUGAUCAUCAAUGUUGCCAAGAGUGUGCCAAGAACUAUUUCACCGUGGCCAUUCGAGACAAAUCGAUAUCUGACGCAAAUUGUCCGUUUUGUUCAGAACCCACGUAUCUGAACAAUGACAGCAAAGAAGACGAGUCGUCCAAUUAUUUCGCCCGUUUGGACGUGGUUCUCAAAGGGCUCUUGGACGAAGAAGUCCACGAUCUAUUCCAACGAAAACUACGUGAUCGUACUCUGAUGAAAGAUCCAAACUUUAAAUGGUGCUAUAAGUGCUCAUCCGGUUUCAUUGCCAAUUUCAACAAUAAACGAUUGGUGUGCCCAGAUUGCAGAGCAAUGUCUUGUUCCAAAUGUCUCGUUCCAUGGGAAAGUGCUCACGAAAAUAUCUCUUGCCAAGCUUUUGCGGAAUGGAAAGAGGCCAACGACCCCGACAAUCAAGCCAAAGGUCUCGAGAAACACCUGGAAGAGCAUGGGAUUACGUGCCCAUCCUGCAAGUUCCAGUACACCCUGUCACGUGGGGGCUGCAUGCAUUUUACGUGCACUCAAUGCAAGUUCGAGUUCUGCAUCGGGUGUGGGAAGCCAUUCAAAAUGGGCGUCAAGUGUGGGAAAGACACCACAUGCGCCAAAAUGGGUCUUCACGCACAUCACCCUCGGAACUGCCUUUUCUACCUUCGUGACAAGGAGCCCAAAGACCUUCAGAAGGUCCUGAAGGCAGGCAAAAUCGACUUCAAAACCGAGGUGAAUAUGAAUCAGAACGGAGGAAAAUGUUUUGUUCAAGUCCAAAAGGAGACCAAUGCCGGUUUAGUGGAUGAAGCUUGCAACGAGGAUACUCCAAAAGGAUUUGGAGGCUAUUGCCAGGUCCAUUAUGUGGAAUAUCUGAGUGGGUUGAUUUUCCGUAACAAUGUGGAGCCCGUGUCAAUAUUGGAUAUUGGUGAAAUGAAGCAAGUCUUUAGCAGAGCCAAUCACUUCCUGCCGAAGCAAAGAGCGGGCGAAUACGAAUUCCAAUUCAAACGGAGGCUAGCGGAUAUCAUUAAGAAUGAAAUCCCACUGGAAUCAGCCUAGUGACAAGAUGCAUGUGGAAAACCUUGAAUUUUAACACCCUAACGUGUCUAUUAUAUGUAAAUAAUUUUUUACUUUAAUAAAUGUUGAAUAGCAGCAUAA